AUGACAAUACAAUUGCCUGCUAAUUUUCAGAUCCCCCAAGGAAUGAUUCUAGUCAGAAGUAAUACCGGUCAAUUAAUGUUGAUAUCACAACAAGCAUUAUUAGAAGCUCAGAGUCAGACCUCAAAUAAUACCAGUGUAAAAUGCUCAAUACCUCCAACUGCAACUACCAUCAAAAUUCAGCCUGAACAGAGUUCUGGAACUCAGGUACUUAAAGUACUAACGGCUCCUGUUAAAACACUGGCUUGGGCAACUCAUUCUAUUACUUCUACUGUUAAGAAGCCUGCUGUAAUUCAGUCUAUAGCAUCACCAAAUAUUAUAGGCUCAACAGCAAAGUCAUUGAUUGCUGGAUCAUCAGCAAAGCCUCCUCUUUCUGACUCUCCCAUGUUGGCUUUCACUUCAAAACCAGUUGCUGAUACAGAUGACUCCAAAGUCACCCAGCCCUUCAGUUAUACAGAAAUGCUGGAAAACGUGAAAAAGUGCAAAAACUUCCUUGCAACACUAAUAAAGCUGGCCUCCAGUGGACCUCAAGCACCUCAGAUGGGGCAGAAUGUGAAGCAUCUGGUUCAAAGGCUGUUGGUAAAAGCUCAUCUGCAGGAAGCUAAAAUUGAGCCAGAAGAAUUUACCAAAGAACUAUAUAUGGAACUAAAGUCUUCUCCGCAGCCAAAUCUUGUUCCCUUUCUCAAGAAAAGUUUACUCUCCUUACGGCAAUUAAUGCCUAAUACAGAGACCUUUAUAGAACAAUGUCUUCAGCAAUCUGCUCCUCAAACAGCUUCUUCUACUUAUUCCACUGCAUCAUCAACUUCUUCCACAGUUGCUGAUGGCACUUUGGCCUCCUCUCAACCUGCAACAUCAGUCCCCAGCUCUCCACUUCAAAUAUCUUCUCCACGGACAUCCAUUUUGGUACCCUGCACGACUACAAGAAGUGAUUCUGUGUCUCUUCCACUUGUUGAGGCAGCUUGUGCCUUGGCUGCAGGAGCACUCUCUUACCAAGAUGACAAGUCCAUCCUCUCCACUCAACUGAUUGGAGGAAUCAAUACCAUGAAGGCCAUACAGACAACUUCCACUACAGAGGAGACGGGAACAGUUUCUCUUCAGGUAGUAAAGCCAGACUGUAACCCAACAUUACCUUCAACUACUUUUACUACUAGUUCUAUGAAGUCAGCCGCAUCAGCUGGGAUGUCGUCAUUUGAAGUGGCAAAACUGCCCUUGGCUACUACAGUAACCUCUGCUACAUCAGUAACCACAACUCUCCAAUCUGUCCUGCCUAUCACUGGGGCGCCAAGCGCUGUACGGGUUCCCCAUCCCAAUUCUGCCCUUCCCCAGCCAAUUUGGAGUUCUCUGGCUGGAAAGGUAAAACAGUCGGUAAUCCAGCAACCCUCUGGAAACAUCUUAAGAAAUGUGGCCAAGCAUCAGCAGGUUCCUACUCUCCCUAAUGUGAACAAGUUAUGCUCCAUUGUGAAACAAAUUACCUUGGCAGGAAACAAAUUUCUAUCGCUUGAAGCGUCUCCUGUUCAGAGAAAUAAAAUAAGAGAGAGUGGAACAACAUCCUUCAGGGAAGAAGAUGACAUUAAUGAUGUGGCUUCUAUGGCUGGAGUUAACUUGAAUGAAGAGCACGCGUGCAUAUUGACCACAAAUUCUGAAGCAAUCGGUACUGUUUUGUGCUCUUGUUCAGAGAAGCUGCUCCUCUCUUCAGAGGCAUUGCAGAAGAGGAUCUUAAAAAAAGGUAAAAGGCAUGACAUUAUGGAAGUUAAUUCUGAUGUUCUGAACUUGAUCUCCUAUGCUACCCAGGAGAGAUUAAGAGGACUUCUAGAAAAACUAACUUUAAUUGCUCAACAUCGUAUAAGGACCUAUAAGGGGAAUAACAAGUACAUUUUAUCUAAUGAUACGCGGUCUCAGCUUCAGUUUCUUGAACAAUUGGAUCAGGUUGAGAAACGGAGGAAAGAUGAUGAAGAAAAAGAACAGUUGCUCCGAGCAGCCAAGAGCCGUUGCAAUAAAGAAGAUACAGAACAGCUGCGUUUAAAGCAGAAAGCAAAAGAGAUGCAACAAUUAGAAUUCGCACAAAUGCAGCAACAGGAGGCUAAUCGUGCAGCUCUGGAAGCCCUUGGGCCAAGAAAGAAGAGACCAUUGGAUUCGUCUAUUUCUUUUUCUGGACUUCAGGGCUUCAACAGAAUGCCUAGUCUUACGACACGAUACCUUUGGCCAAGAAUAACCCGAAUUUGUCUCAGGGACUUGAUCUUUUGUCUGGAACAAGAGAAAGAAACAAAGCAUUCUCUAAUCUUAUAUCAAGCUCUUCUGAAAUAGUGGCUAGUCUAAUUCUGCAUUUCAGCUUACCAUACAUUGCCAAAGAACAAUUUGUUUGCACUAUCCUGAAAUCAUAUAUUACAAGAAAUUGUCCGUAAGGUCAUUGUUGAAUGUAGGCAAUGCUGCCUGGACAUGUGAAAGAGAAAAGGCUUUGGAUGCCUGCUAAAUUCCAUGCGAGAUACUGUAUUAGUAUAUAAAUCCGCAAUAUUAUUCUAUGAAGUGUGUGCCUUCUAACAUUGCAGUUAGUGAAGAAUGACGUGAUGAAUGUAUUUAAUGACAAACUAGCAGUUUGCUAGUGCGUAGCCUGCAGGAUUCAGCCUUCCUGCGUAUCCUAGAGAAACCACCUGGGAGCCAACUAAAAAGUGUCAAAAUGCGGGCUAUAAUUUCCUGCCUCAAAAGAAAGAUGGAAAGGAAAGAAUCCCUACUGGCAUUUUUUGUGUUGCCAGUCCUACCAGACAGAUCUGCAAGCAAACUACAGAUGUAAGAGUUGGAGAAAGCAAUAUUUGAAAAGUCAAAGUAAUUUUGUGGGAUA